AUGACAUUGUAUGUGCCAAAAGGCCGAGUUGUCUGUGAACUGGAUCAUCGGAAUGGAAUGUCCUUUUCCCGCACGGAAAACGGCAAAAUCUAUCAGCGACCCUUUGGCGGUCAGACUCUGGACUAUGGCAAAGGCGGUGUGGCAAGGCGGGUUUGUUGUGUGGCCGAUCGUACGGGACACUCUGUCAUACACACUCUCUAUGGCCAGACCUUGUUUCAUAUUUAUGAAGACCAAUGCCAUUAUUAUGUGGACUAUUUUGUUCUCGAUCUAAUUAUGUGUGAGUGCACUAGUGUGGGCUGUUUGGCCUGGAAGCUGAACGUUGGAACCUUUCAUCGAUUUAUGGGCAAGAAUACGGUGAUUGCAACUAGGAGAUGUGCACUGGAGAUGGCACUGCCGCGUCAACAGCUGCGUCUACAGGACAUGGAAUUUGUGCAAUUUCAUCCAACUGGAAUAUACGGAGCCGGAGGUGUUUGCAGCGAGGGAGGAUUCUUUGUUAACGAGAAGGGCGAACGUUUCAUGGAGCGUUAUGCCCCCGAGGCCAAAGAUCUGGCCUAUCUCGAUGUGGUAGCUCGUGCCAUGGCUAUGGAAGUGCUAAAUGGUAAUGGUUGUGGUCCCCUCAAGGAUCAUGUACACCUGCAUCUGCAUCACAUUGAUGCUAGGAUAAUACGUGAACGAUUGCCAGGUAUAAUGGCAACUGCGAGAAUUUUUGCCAAAGUCGAUGUGACCAAGGAACCAGUCCCAGUAUUGUUAACUGUGCAUUAUACUAUGGGCGGCAUACCCACCACUUAUAUGGGACGUGUUCUUACCCGGAGCAGCCAGGACGAAGGCCAAGACGAAAUUGUAGCCGGUCUCUAUGCCUGUGGCGAGGCGGCAUGCGCAUCUGUUCAUGGGGCAAAUCGUUUAGGUGCCAAUUUACUGCUCGACCUAAUCGUGUUUGGACGUUUGCGUGCCCUGGACAUUGCUGCCAACAAUUGUCCGGGCGAAGAGAUUCCGGCAAUCGAUGAGAAUGCCACUAAGUAGUCAAUGAAUAAUUUCAUAUUUGCCGAUGGCAAAAUACCGACGGCUGUUAUACGUCUCGAACAGCAACGGACACUGACCAAACAUGCAGCCGUAUUUCGUGAGGGUAAAUUGCUCAAGGAGGGACUAGACAAGGUGGCCGAGUUAUGUCAGCAACUCAAGGAUGUGAAAGUUUUCGAUAGGACUCUAAUAUGGAAUACCGAUCUGGUGGAGACUCUAGAAUUGCAGAAUAUGCUGGCCAAUGCAGUUCACAUAAUCACAGCUAUGGAGAACCGCAAUGAAUCGCGUGGUUCGCAUGCUCGCGAGGAUUUCAAGGACCGUAUAGACGAAUAUGACUACAGUAUGCCCACAUCGAUACAGGAAAAGAGAAAACUGGAUGAGCAGUGGCGUAAGCAUACGUUGACAUUCGCCAGCGGCGAUGAGGGUUGCGCCUCUAUUAAAUAUCGUGAACUUAUUGAAAAGACACUGGAUGAUCAAUUGGCUUACAUACCGCCGGCAAUACGAACAAAUUAA